CAAUCAGCAAGCUCUAACUUCAAUUAAGCUAGUUCCGGGUAAUUCUACUUCUACUUCUGAUGAGGAGGAAGAAGAAGAAUUUUUGGAUGGUCACUACACCAUAUUGGCCAGAUAGCAACUCAAAUUAGCAACGGAAAUGUAGCAGUUGCUAAUUUUCAGUUGCGAAUUUCUGUUGCUAAAAUUUCGCAAUAGCCAGCUGCUGUUGCUAAUUUCGCAACUGCCAUUCCUCAGUUGCUGUUCACAACUGUUUCUGUUUUAGGCGUGCGAAGUACCCGUGUGACAAAACACACCUGCAAACACCUUUUUUUACCUUUUUUUCCUGAGCGUGCAAAUUUCAUGUGUGCACUCCUCUUAUCCUUAGAGAAAAUAUUCCACUUCAAUCAUUCAACACUCGUCCUCUCUCUCACUCUCUUUCUCCUGAAGAAAAAAAAUCUCCCGCCAUGAAUCUUUCCCGCCGUGGAAAUCUGAGGAAGCUAGAUUGAUACUUAGGGUUUUAUGUAUUUUGUUUAAAGGGGAAAGAAGAAUAAAGAAGUGCCAGGCGAUACAUCUACAGCUGAAAGCGAACUCAAGGAAGCGGAAAGUGAAUACUAAAUUUGGCUUGAGUGGAAGAUUCGAUCUGAGAUUUCGUAAGGAGUUACUGCAGCUGCUAUUGCUAAUCAAAGGCAUUUUAUUGGCAUCACAGAGCAAAGUCAGAUAUGAAUGUUAUGCGCCAUUCGAUAGAUUCUUCAGCUUGGAAAUGUGCAGAUAACUUUUCUCCGGAGUUCUCCAAGGAGCCAAGAAAUGUGACACUUGGGAUUUCGACAGAUGGCUUCAACCCGAAUGGGUGUUUCGGACUUAGUCACAGCUGUUGGCCAGUUAUUAUAUGUCCGUACAAUCUUCCUCCUUCGAUGUGUAUGAAGCGAGAGUUCGCGAUGUUGUGUUUGUUAAUUUCAGGACCAAGAGCACCUGGUAAAGACAUUGAUGUAUAUUUACAGCCACUAAUAGAGGAGUUGUUGCAGUUGUGGAAUGAAGGUGUUAUUACAUAUGAUGCUUACAGUAAAACUGAAUUUAUGAUGAAAGAAAGACUAUUAUGGGCUAUUCAUGAUUUUCCGGCGUUACGAACUUUAGCUGGGUGUGUUACACAUGGAUAUUAUGCUUGUCCAACAUGUGGAGAAGGGACACUUUCUGAAUAUCUACCGUUUAGUAAGAAGAUUUGUUACAUGGGACACAGAAGGUGGCUGCCAGCGAAACACAAGUAUCGAGAUGAUAGAACACAUUUCAGUGGAGGGGUAGUGCAUGGUUCAGCUCCAUGGCCGCUUACAUGGCUGCAAAUUCAGGAGAUGGAUGCAAAUAUCAGAACCAAAAAGGGUAAGGGCAAGCCGCCAUCAUCUGCAAGUCUGAAGCAUAAAAGGAAAGCUGAAGUCGGGAAUGAAGUUGUUGCUGAUGUAGAAGAUCAGGUUCAUGACCACUCACUAUAUUCUAGAAGAUCUAUUCUUUAUGAUGUGCCAUAUUGGGGUUCAAAUGCAGUCCGGCAUAUUACAGACGUUAUGCAUACAGAGAAGAACGUCACUGAGCAUCUUAUUGACACUGUUAUGGGUAAUAGCAAGUCAAAAGAUAGUCCUAGUGCACGUAAAGACAUGGAAGCCAUGGGGAUUAACAAGAAGUUAUGGUUGAAAGUAGAUGAAGUGACCGGUAAAACGACAAUGGAAGAUGGAACUUUUGCCAUGACAAAGAAGGAGAAAGUGGCAUUUUGUAUUGUUUUGAAGAACUUAAAAGUGCCUUCUCGUUUCUCUUCCAAUCUCCGCAGCAGCGUCAUCAUCGAUCCCCUUGAGCUAAAGAAUUUCAAAUCCCAUGAUUACCAUGUUGUCAUGCAACAUUUGUUUCUUUUGCUAGUUCAUACGGCGACUUCACUACCUAAAGAUCUACGGGUUGCUCUUCAUCGGAUAAGUCUAUUUUUCAGAAUUUUGUGUGCGAAGGUUAUUAACAGAGAACAUCUUUUAAGAGAAAAAGCUACUCUGGUGGAAGCUAUGUGUGUUUUGGAAAAACAUUUUCCUCCUUUUUUCGUCAUCAGUAUACAUUUGAUGGUGCAUCUGGCUGAUGAAGCUCUAGUCUGCGGUCCGGUCAGAUAUAGGUGGAUGUAUCCCUUUGAGAGGUUAAUGAAAGGUUUCAAAGGUUUGGUACGAAAUAAAAGGUAUAUUGAUGGAUGCAUUGCAAGAGGUUAUACAUUCCGUGAAGCAAGCUUAUACUGUAUGGAGGACUUUUCAACUGAUGGUGAUGGUACUCAUAAACAUACCAGACAAGCCUUUUUAGAUGAUGAUGCUGAGUUUUUCGAUGAGAUUCCUUUGAGUAAAGCUAAGAGUAUCAAAUUAACUCAAGUACAGUUUGAGCAAGCACGCAAGUGGGUUCUGUCUAAGUAUGUUGGAAUAGAGGACUGGCAAAGGUCUGUCUAUCUGAUUGUACUUGCAUUGUUGUUUGGUUUCAGAAAGUAUGAUUCCUAUGUUAACAACGCCAAUAAUACCUCAAAGAGUUUCUAUUUUUGGUUACGCGACGAGGUUAUCAUGGCAGCAGUGGAGGUAGAUGAAAAUGGACUUCCGAUGUCGAGGAAUUCAACAAAACUUGGCAUCCUGAAGGGCUCGUUGGUUCGUACUCAUAUUCCUAUCUCCUACACAAACUGGAAGAUGGUGCCUGAAAAUUACAAAGACGAUGUCUGGGAGGAACUACAAAAAUCGUAUCUAUUGCCUGAUGCUUGUAAAGAAACUGUGAUAAAGGGGAUGUCUGAUCCAUGGAGGCGACUUAAGUGGGAGUUACGAAUAACAUAUUAUGAUCCAUAUCCCACUUAUGAAGAAAGGACUGCACGUACUCCUCCAAAUAUAACUGAUGAAGACUGGAAAACAUUCUGUCGCAACGAGGAGGAUGAAAAGGUUCAGAAAAAUAGAUUGGAUAAUAAGAGGAAAAGGGAGAAUUAUGAUUACAGUCAUACCUCCGGUCGAAAACCUCAUAGUUUGGUGAGAGCUGAAUUGGAGCUGGAGAAUCCUAGAGUAGAAAUCACUACCUCUGAUGUGUGGAUUAAAGACCAUACACAAGAGGGUGGGAAAAUACUACGCAGUGCGCAGAAAUACUAUGAUGAUCUGAAGAAGGCACAACUAGAUACUAAGGAAAAACAAGAUUCGGGUUCUUCUGUAGAUGAAGCUGAUCCAUUGACUGUAGCUUUUGGGAAGGAUACAAGGGGACGGGUUCGUGCUGUUGGUGCAGUUUCUCGUACACAAUAUGACUAUUCAGCUCCUGCAUGUGCGAAAGUUGCUGAAAUGAAGUAUAAGGAUGGAUAGCUCAAGCAUCAGGUAAAAGAUUUAGGUACCAAGAUGGGGUUUCUACUCGAAGGCUUUGGAACCUUAUGUAACGUUGUCAAUAAUAUCCAAUAUGGACAAUCCUCAUUUAUUGGCUCGAACCACAUGGAUAGUUCACAAGUUCAUACAAUUUCACCUGCUCAUACUCCUGCAGCAGGCAAUACCAGUUCACCUGCUCAGGCUCCUUCAGCUGGCAAUACAAGUUCCCCUGCUCAUGCUCCUUCAUCUGAAAAAUCUGUAGCUGCUGACACCAUAUCACCAGCUCGAUCAGCUGUAGGUUCUGAGACAAAAUGUUCAUUGUUGAACAUCAAUGAUGAGACUGUUGCUGUUGGUAGAGUUUGUACUGGUGAAUUUGCAAAAAUGGCUCACGGCUCACCUGUAGCGUCUAAUCAUGAGAAGGUAGUGCUUGAUUGCAUUCUUAUGCCAGAUGAACCGACUUCAAAAUUUAACAAGUUCGCACGCACCUUUCAAGAAGUUGGAAUUGAAGGACUUGUGGUGCAUCCAAAGAUGUGCAUCUUAUAUAAUUAGGAGGGUUGAACUGUUUUUUUGGAGAUGCUAUGAAGAUAUCUCAGCCAUCAUCUUUUGCGUAUAUCAACGAUAAACAUAUAUGGCUUUUGCUUUUUAUGCUAAUGCUCAGACGGCGUUUUACUUCUUUUUUUUUUGGUAAUUUUCACACUUAUGCUAAUUUUCACACUUCUGCAUUUGUGCAUAAGAAGACUAUGAUGUGGCAUAUUCUUAUGCAACUAUGCAUAAGGAAGUAUUUUACUUUUAACUGGAAAAAAACUUGGUAUGUAAUAUAUAUCUCUGUGAAGAUUCUUAUGCAACUAUGCAUAAGGGAAGUAGUUUAAUUUUAAUUGAAAAAAAACUUGGUAUGUAAUAUAUAUAUCUAUGUGAAUGAAUUUUACUUCUUGCA